UCCCUCCACCUCCCUUUUAAAUAAUGUGAUACUGGAAUGAAAGUGAAUUCUGUUCAGUGAUGUUUAAAGUGUGUUGUUAAAGUCAGAACAUCUUUUUUUAAGAUUUAGUAUCAGCAACAGCCCACCUCCUAAACAUAAUCCUAAAACCUAGGUACAGAGUGGAGUCCAACUUCUAAGGGUGUGAGGCUUCCUGAAAGAGAUUUAUCCUGUUUGUCACGCCUAAGCCCACAAGUUCGAUUGUUAGCUGUUUAAUCUCGUCUAUCUCAAAGCAGUUGAUUAUCAGUACUGGGCAGCAUGCAUGUCAUCAGGGAAUAAGAAGCAUUUGUUUUGAGAGAAGAAAUCAGAUGAAAGCAUCGAAACUCAACUCUGGACAAACUGGGUUUAUGUUUAUAGCCUGUUGGGGAAGGAUAAUGUCAGAAUCUUAGCUUAACAGAGUUGCUAUAUGUAAAAUGCUUAGAAUAGAGUCUGGUACUCAGUAAGAGCUUUUUAUGUUUGUCAUCAUCACUAUAAAAUGGCAUAUUUUUGAAGGUGGUUAUAUCAUGCUAACCAGUUAGUGAAGACACAGCAAAAAUAUUUGUAAUAGCCAAUAUUUAUAUGUUCUAUCUCUGUGCCAGGUAGAGUUUUAUAUGAUUUAAUUUACUCAAUCUUCACAACAACCCAGUAACUAUCUAGAGACAAAGUUAAGUACUGAUAUUUUGCCCGAGGCCUACAGCUGCUAGGUAGCACCUACUCCUUCUUAACCCAGGGUCUGACUUUAGAGUGAGCCCAUAUCCCUUCUGGGCCAUGUUGCUGUUACACUUGUAAUGCCAGUGCAAUCACUGAAAGCCCUUCGUCGUGUCCCCUGGCUACCAAGUGUGCAUGUGUCUUAUUUAGCCACACUCUCUGGUGUUAAUACCAAUAGGUUGUAUUUAAAUCUGAAGGGUAGUGCUUAAUCUGCAUUUAAUAGAACCACCCUUUGACUUUGGGAGAGGCGUCCCUUUUGAUUCACACAUGUUUAGUUAAGAUGUUAGAAUUUGGGCUGAAUGUUAUCUUUUAGAAAAUUAUUGAAGUAACUGCAUUUUAACACUGUGUAAAUUUCAGGUAUACACCAUUUGUAAAAUUAUUAGAGACUUUUUAAAAAGUUCGUCUGAUAAUGCAGGGCUCCAGCUGGCCUAGUAGGCACUAACAUCCUUGGAGAGAUUACCAUUCUGUACUAAAUCCUUAGGCCUGACCAGUCAUCUUCUGAUUACCAACACCAUAUCAAUCUGAUAUAACAAGAGGUAUCAGCAGACUUGAAGCAUGAGUUCAGAUGCCAGCGAAGGCGUGAUCACUACGCCUCCUCCUCCAAGCAUGCCUCACAAGGAGAGGUACUUCGACCGCAUCAAUGAAAAUGACCCAGAAUAUAUUAGGGAGAGGAACAUGUCUCCUGAUCUACGCCAAGACUUCAAUAUGAUGGAGCAGAAGAAACGAGUCACACAGAUCUUACAAAGUCCUGCCUUUCGGGAAGACCUGGAAUGCCUUAUUCAAGAACAGAUGAAGAAAGGCCACAACCCAACUGGAUUACUAGCAUUACAACAGAUUGCAGAUUACAUCAUGGCCAAUUCUUUUUCAGGCUUUACUUCAUCUCCCCUCAGUCUUGGCAUGGUCACACCUAUCAAUGACCUUCCCGGGGCAGAUACAUCCACAUUUGUGAAGGGAGAAAAACUUACACGCUGUAAACUCGCCAGCCUGUACAGACUUGUGGACUUGUUUGGAUGGGCACACCUGGCAAAUGCAUAUAUCUCAGUAAGAAUAAGUAAGGAGCAAGAUCACAUUAUAAUAAUUCCUAGAGGCCUAUCUUUUUCUGAAGCCACAGCCUCCAAUUUGGUGAAAGUCAAUAUAAUAGGAGAAGUGGUUGAUCAGGGAAGUACUAAUUUGAAAAUUGACCAUACAGGAUUCAGUCCACAUGCUGCAAUCUAUUCGACUCGUCCUGAUGUUAAGUGUGUGAUACACCUCCAUACACUUGCCACAGCAGCUGUGUCCUCCAUGAAGUGCGGGAUCCUUCCAAUUUCUCAAGAGUCCCUGAUCCUGGGAGAUGUCGCCUAUUAUGACUACCAAGGGUUACUUGAUGAACAGGAGGAGAGAAUUCAAUUGCAAAAAGUUCUUGGACCCAGUUGUAAGGUGCUGGUACUCAGAAAUCAUGGUGUGGUUGCACUUGGAGAAACAAUUGAGGAGGCUUUUCAUUAUAUUUUUAAUGCGCAGAUGGCCUGUGAGAUUCAGGUGCAGGCAUUAGCAGGAGCAGGUGGAAUCGACAAUCUGCUUAUACUGGAUCUUCAGAAGUAUAAAGCUUACACGCACACUGUGGCAGCAUCUGGAGGAGGAGGCGUGAAUAUGGGUUCCCAUCACAAAUGGAAGGUUGGCGAGAUUGAGUUUGAAGGGCUAAUGAGGACUCUAGAUAAUUUGGGGUAUAGAACAGGCUAUGCUUAUAGGCACCCCCUCAUUCGAGAGAAGCCAAGGCACAAAAGUGAUGUGGAAAUCCCAGCAACUGUGACUGCUUUUUCAUUUGAAGAUGAUGCAGUGCCACUCUCUCCUCUCAAAUACAUGGCACAGAGACAGCAGCGAGAAAAAACAAGAUGGCUGAACUCACCAAAUACUUACAUGAAAGUGAAUGUGCCUGAGGAGUCUCGAAAUGGGGAAACCAGUCCCAGGACCAAAAUCACAUGGAUGAAAGCAGAGGACUCCUCUAAAGUUAGUAGUGGAACACCUAUCAAAAUUGAAGAUCCAAAUCAGUUUGUUCCUUUGAACACAAACCCAAAUGAGGUAUUAGAAAAGAGAAAUAAGAUUCGAGAACAAAACCGAUAUGACUUGAAAACAGCAGGACCACAAUCUCAGUUGCUUGCAGGAAUUGUUGUGGAUAAGCCUCCUUCUACCAUGCAAUUUGAAGACGACGAUCAUGCCCCUCCAGCUCCUCCCAAUCCUUUCAGUCAUCUCACAGAAGGAGAGCUUGAAGAGUAUAAGAGGAUGAUCGAACGUAAACAGCAAGGACUGGAAGAUGCUGAGCAGGAAUUAUUCUCAGAUGACGCUUCAUCUGUUUCACAAAUUCAGUCUCAAACUCAGUCACCGCAAAAUAUCCCUGAAAAAUUAGAAGACAACCAUGAGCUAUUUUCCAAGAGCUUCAUCUCCAUGGACGUGCCUGUCAUGGUAGUGAAUGGCAAGGAUGACAUGCAUGAGGUUGAAGAUGACCUUGCCAAACGAGUGAGUAGGUUAACUACAAGCACGACCAUAGAAAACAUCGAGAUUACCAUUAAGUCUCCAGAGAAAAUUGAAGAAGUCCUGUCACCUGAAGGCUCACCUUCAAAAUCACCAUCCAAGAAAAAGAAGAAGUUCCGCACGCCUUCUUUUCUGAAAAAAAACAAAAAAAAGGAGAAAGUUGAAGCCUAAUUAAAUCUUUUUAUAAUUAUUACUCUUACAAUGUGACGUUGCACAUUUAAAUACCACAUUUAAUUUGAUUAUUAAUAUGCAGUGGUAGAUCAGAUUGGGGGUAUGUAGCAAACUGGACUUUAAGAACUGGAAAGAGGUUUUACUAAAAGAAAAACAUUAUGAAAAAAACUUUCAAAUUCAUCUCUCAUUUUAUAUGUCCAAAAUGGCUUUGAAUUUUUAAACAAUUGCUAGUUUUAAUUAGCUCUGCCCUCAUGAAGUAUACUUAUACUUCACCACAGAUAUCUGUCUGAUUACUUCAGGCCUUUCCGUAGUAUCUGUCAGAAAGAAAUUACCAGUGAAAAGUGAGAGAAUUUUUAUUUCUCAGUACCUGCUUCACUUGGUAAUCAGAUUAUAAUUUUUUACCAUGAUUAUUGACUGUACCUUUUGGGUUCCCAUUGUUUCAAUGGGCAUUAACAGAAUGCUUUAAAAGCUUCUAAGAAUCUAUAGCAUUAGUAUACACUGGCACAUAACUUUUUUAAAAAUUUUAAGAAAAAAUUCAUUAGGAAUUUUGUUUCAUAGUAUAAAAUUUCCUCACCUGAAGUAAUAACUUUGUUUGCCAAAAAAAAAAAAAAAGGUCAUUUUAGUAAGCUAUAAUUUUUGAAAACUUCCUUUUUUAUUAUUUUAGAAAGCCCCUUAUUUUUCAACAAAGGGGAUUUUGUACACAUAACAUGGGUUAUUUAGUUUAACUCUGGCAAAAACGAUUUUUGUAUGUUGAGAUGUUUAUAUACCAUUCAGUAUAAAAAUGUCAUACGCAUAUUAGCCAAUCACUUAACAGUAGAGCAUAUUUGAAGCUGCUUGGUACUAAGUAUACUUAAAUAUAUUUCAAAAAUCCAGGGACUUGGUAUCAAAAGGGGAUUAAAGCAUUUAAAGAUGUAACUAGAUUCAUAUUUGAAUCUUACAUUCAUAUUUGAAUCUCUUAGUAUUGCUGAUAACUGAAGAAACUCUCAUAAGAUAACCAAAUGAAAAGGAAUGAGAGAAAAAGUAAAAAAAUGAAGGGAGCAAAAGAGGUGUCAUGAAAAGAAGAAUUCUAGUUUGAUAAUGACUCAUUCAUAAUAGGAUUUGAAGUGUAAUUAGAAACGUCCCAAAUUUCUAAAAUUCUGCUUCUGUCAAAAUCAUUGUAUUUCUUGCUUGAUUUUUAAACGGGGCAAAUCUCUUUAACUUAUGUAUCUUUAAAAGGCAGCACUAGAAGAAAUCAGUUGUUCUAAUCCCCCCAGUGAGAAAACUACCACUUCUAGAUCUUUACCGAUCUUUCCCUGUCUUUCAGUUAACUUUCUUUCUAAUGUAAAUACAAAUUGAAACCUAGGCUUAAUAUAGUUUAUUCCCCCUUCAUCCAAGUGAUGUCACAAAUCAAUGUAAAAUCAAUGAUCCAAAAUGGUCAGUGGGUAAAAAUAAUCCAAAGUGUUUCUAGAGGGUGAGAUGGCAUGUAAAAAAUUACAUCGAUUACAGUGUAUUCUGAAGCUGGUUCUGUUUAACUGUAUGUGUAUGAUGAUGCAAAGUUGAAAUAGAGCCUGGGAAUUUCAUUCUAGAUCUCACUAACUACUGGAAUCAGUGUUUUUGAUCUUUUGGUGGAAACUUUCAGUUGCCUAAUUCUGUAUUUGAGGAUUUUUUUGUGUGUGUGUUCUACAUCAUUUAUGUUGUAUUACAACGUAUGUGGAAACAGUAACCUGUGAACUAUGCUUUUCCAUAAUUUUUUAAAAAUAUAUAUAUAUCUUAAAUGAAUGCAAUGUGCAUAAAUAUUUUUUAAACGCAACAGUGAACUAUUUGCACCUUUUGCUAAUGCCUCUCUUUACUUGCUUUGGCAUAAAGAAUGAGCCAAUGAACCUCUGUGUCCUGUGGAAAAUGUAUAAAUGUUAUCUGAUGUUGCUCAUAGAUGUAAUGCAAAUUAAUGUUAAAUCACAAAUAAACAGUAUUUUAAAUA